AUGUGCGUGGAAGCUGCAGCCGCUGCUCCAGAAGGCUCCUGUGUUGAUGUUUCCCUGGCCUUGGGUGAGUUGGCACGGAUUGGCUUUGGUGGCCUCCUGGCUUGCUGGUUUCGGCUUCUCGUGUCUUUAGCUUUCCUUAAAAUUGCCAUGGCUAGUAUUUCGUACCAGUUCCUCUUACGGAGCCUGCUGGAAAAACUUGCUGGCCUUCACAAAUCGCAGAAGCGCAAGCAUGAAGAAGCCGCGAACGCCUUGGAGGGCCCAGACGAUUCCUUCGCAGCAGCCGAAGGCGUGAAGGAUUGCUCUCUGCCAUUCUUGCAGCUGGAUUCGGAGUCGCGGGCUUUGCAGAAGGCGAUGAAGGGCGAUCCAGAAGACCUCCUGCGCCUGGUCAUGGAGCCGACACAGCUGGCGAGUGCUGAUGCGGGCCCCUCUGGAGCGCUCCUCCUGGAGCAGCUGCGCUGUCUGGGCGCAAAGCUCAAGAGCACGGUGGCUUCACAGUUGUCGUGGCGCACGGGACCCCCAGCAAACGUACUGCGUUUGGCAGCAGCUCUAGCCCCGCUGGAAACAGUGGCGUGGAUGGAGGAGGCAUCACUGCCCUCAGCUGGAGAGCUGCUGCCGCUGCCCGCCGAGGAUCACCUGGUAGAACUGUUCGCAACUACGCCGGUGCCCACACUCGAAAAAACAGUGCUGCAGGCCCUGGACGAAGAGGAGCGCAUCCACCCCAGCCCAACUCGAGGCGCCCGUGCGCGCUUCCUUCUCCAGCUGGAGCUGCGCCGAGGUCAGUCCCAGGCGCUGGGCACCGCACUCGGCAAUUUCCUGAACGCGGUCGGGCCCAUCGGCGUCUCGGACCAGAAGCUGGUUUCUGCAGUCCUGCAGUCCGAUGCUCUACCGAUGAGCUUUGCCGAGGAGGCUCUGAAGCAGUACGUCAAGGCCGCGGCGGCAGCACCUGAGCUACGCCAGUCUGCCGCGGCCCUGCUCGGCGUCAUGCAGCCUCGUUUCCGGCGCCAGUGGCAGGUGUCGGCAGCGCAGCGAUUGCUCGCCCAUGCACGCGAGGAUGGCGAGGUGCCCGAAUGGCUGCUGGAGCAUGCUGUGCGCUGGUGGCCUGAGCUCGUACCCUCGCAGUGGGAGCAGCUGCAGGAUUUCGUGGCCCGCGUGAAGGCUGGCUACAGCGCCUCUAUGUCUCGAGGGGACCGGCUUCGGCGGCAGCUGCUGGUGGCUUGGGCAGCUGAGGAUGCAUCUGUCUCCAUCCAGGUGCCGGAGCCAGCUCCGAGGGAGCCUUGGGCUUUCCGCGCCUGGGUGGGGGCGUUGGAUCCCUGGACCGCCACCUGGGACUGGGAUCUGGAUGCGCGGAGGCUCAAGGCCACUACAGAGACCUUCAGCUUCGAUCGCGAUUCCGUGGACUCCGUGGAUCCUUUACCUCCCGGGCAGGAGACCCGUGAGGCUGCGGAGGCAUACGACAUCGCGUACCUUCUCCCAUUCUUCGCUGGUCAGCUGCGUGCGGCCUUCCUGCAAAGCAACUCCAAGGCAGCCUGGGGCCCUGCCUUGGGCGCGCUGAUGUGCGGAGGCGCACUGGAGCUGCUGCUGUUGGGCCUCGCCUGCUGCGACACACUUCUCCGUGCCUGCGCAAUCGAGGCACUGUCCAUCGUCACGGUCAUGGCCCACUCGUGGAACGUCAGCCUGGAGGAAGUGGAGAAGGCAUCGCGCGAGCGCUUGCCCUUCCGGGAGCUGCCGGAGCUUGCUCGCCUUCUCUGCUAUGUGAGGGAUGCUAUGGGCCCUCCCGAGAAGGAUGGUGUUCCGAGUCCGGUGCCCCGCCUUUGUGCUUCGUUCCUUGCGGCCUGCACGCCAAUCCUCACUCAACCGCAGCACGUUCUGUACCGCACCUUGGCAAAGUUCUUGCUUGGGCGACCAGCUGCAGACUUUGAGGACAUUCCCUUGUUCUCCAAGCUCAUGCUGUCAGGGGAUGUGGACAACAGCCAGGAGGCACGUCUUUGGUACCUCCGCGUCCUUCGACGUGGUUUGGCGGUCCAAUCAGGGACUUUCACUGCGGCCGACAAGCUGUCGAGGCACGCCUUGGCAAGGCGCAAUGCUCUGCCCUGGAUCAUGAGCUUUGCUGGAUCCAAAGAGCUGGGAAGCCUGCCAGUCUUCCUCGAGGCCGCUGGGUGCGUGGAAGCUGUACUGCAGGCGCCCGUUAUCUCGGCCGAAGGGGCGGCGCUCAACCUUUCGGUUGCAGAGUGGGCUGCUGGCCAGGCAGCACGGGCGCCGCUGGGCAGCCGAAACCACGCCCAGCAGGUUCUGCGCGCCACAGGCCGCAUUGUCACGGCGCUGCUUCGAAUGUCAGGCGAUGAUCCCGCGCAAAGCCGCGUUGUCACCACAAGCUGCACGCAGCUCUUGGCAAUAGGCCGGGCCAUCCACAGCUGUGCCACGGCCUGGGCUCGACUGCAGGCGCUUUCUGCCGAGGGUGCUGGCGAGGAGGAGGUGCCUGUCGAAGCUCCGAGGCAGCAAGUUCCGGUGGCAAAGCUGUGGGAGCAGGCAUGUCUUCUGGCCCGCCUGUCAGAGGCGAAGCACAAGGCAAUGGCUGCUGAGAGAGAUGCAAUCGGCACCGCUGCUUACGAGUCGAAGGCCAAGCGUCCACGCAUGGCCGAAGAGAAUACCCUUGCGGCCCAGUUGGACUCCAUCCUCCGAGUUCUGGCGCAACUCCAUAAGGGGCCGGCUGGGGUCAAGGUGAUGAAAGAAGCGUUUGCUGUAUCUCGAAUGGAGUCUCAGGCGGGGGCGCCGUCUGCUGCCGAGUCACUUCUAGCAGUGUCAUUGCCGCGCAGUUCCGCGCCAAUGCUGGUAAACAUCAGCCUGGCGUUCCUGCAGGCAGCUCCUCUGAGCCCUUUGGUCCACGAGUAUUUCGGGCAGGUUGUCCGCCAUCUGCUGGUACAGAAGGACGGCGACGGCCGAUCGCAUCUCCAGUUCGAGGAGGAGGCAGUCCUCUCGGUUUUUCACGUUCUUACGGCCAUGACCAACAAGGACUUGGCCCUCUCCAGUGAGGCCAAAGGCAGUCUCCGGAGAUUUGCUUACACAUUAUUAUUCUUGCCGCAUCGUUCACAGCUCGCGUGGCGAUUUCGCUUAUUGGCAAAUGCCAUCCUGUUAGUGCUCCAACCGACAGACGACAAGCUGAAGAGGCUCCUGGAACAGCUCCCUCCUCCUGAGGCGGCUCUCACACAAGGAGCUGCUGACUGGGAGCCGCUCCUCGAAGACUUGUUGCGGCAACAGCUCUUUGCUGACGGCGACGCAAGCCCCCACAAUCCAGAGAAGAAGCGCAGGAUGCUCAGCAAGGCCAGUCCAUCCCAGGCUGGUGUGGCAAGCAACAUCACCGCCGAAACACAGAUGAGCCAGUAUGCUUACGAAGAAAGGCAGAUGGCCUCCUCCGGCCCGUGUGGCGUCCUCGAUGGGAUGAAGGUUGCCAUCUUCCUUGACCAGACCUCCAGGAACUUCCAGUCCACGCAGCGAGGCGAUGCCGCCCUGCAGGAAGCCGUCCGGCUCAAGGAGCAGUGCGAUGCCACCGCCUUGCCUUUGGCCUUAUCUGUGCUGGCAGCCGGCGGCAUCAAAAAUGGAGCCUUUUUCCUUCGGUUGGGCUCCGUGCCAGAGCUGUGUUUUCUUUCGCUGGUGCUGCGCCAUACCCGGGAACCUGACUUCAUCCGACUUGCAGAGGGAAUGUUGCUCUCCAUAAUGGAAGAGCUGCGCUCAGGCCAAGCUGGGCACUCACCCUGCCUCAAAGGGCAUCUUGGGCUCUGUUCUCGGUUCCUAGAGGAGACCCGAGAUGCCAUGGAGGCCGUGGGUGUGGAGGCCUAUUUGGUGGAGGCGCUCGGGCGGGACGAGCCGCUGCUGGUUGGGCAGCCGGAUCAGAUGCCUCGGUUGGAGGUUCUGGACCAGAGGUGUCUGGUGCAUGCCUCAAGCAGCAGCUGGCGUUUUUUGCAUCCUGUGCUCUCCGAGAUGUUGAAGUUUCAGGAGCAUCCUUUGGUGGAAGAGCUGAAGAGAAGUUUGCAGGAUCUCGGCUUCCUUGAUGUGGAGAGUGGGAUAGUUCUCAGUCUGUCGGGUGGCGUGGACAGCAUGGUGACCUGCUGCUUGCUCUGGCUCCUGCGCCGCCGCCUCCCGCCGGAACAGCAGUUCAAAUGGUGCGCGCUGCAUCUCUGCCACCCAAACCGCGAUGACGCCCGCGAUGAGGAGGGGUGGGUGCAGUGGUCCUGCGCCAAGCUGGGCGUCGAACUGCUCACCUAUCGGCUGAAGAUCCGACGGCCGCAUGGAACUCUCCGAACCGGAAUUUCCCGGGAGCGGUAUGAGGAGAAGUCGAAGCAGAUCCGCUUUCGGAUGUACUCACGGUGCUUGGAGCACCUGGGCAUCGAGGCGACGAGGGGAGCGGCACUGGUAGCUCAUCACGAGGACGAUGCGGAUGAGAAUAGGCUGGCAGAGCUUGGGAAAGGCAACAUCAUUCACAUCGACGGGAUGUUGCCAAGUAGUGUGACUCAAGGCGUGACUGUCAUCAGGCCUUUGCUGAAAGUGCGCAAAGCUGAGCUUAUCAGUUUCGCUGACAUCGCGGCCCUAUGCUACAUGCAGGACUCCACUCCCAAGUGGAGUCGGAGGGGCUGGAUACGGUACGUCUUGGACGAGAUGAAAGCGCACGAGGGGCAGAACUUCACGCAGCUGCAGACGCUGCUGUCUCGAGCUGGCAUUGCUUCUGCCACCCUCGGCGAGGCCAUUGACGAGUCUCUAGGAAAGUGGAAGAAGUCAGACGUCACGUGCGGAGUCAUCAGCGUGCCUGAGGCAACCUUCACUACUGGAGACCGCAAGAAAGGGCAGCAGCCCAUCGUGAGCUACUUCUCCGCACAGCAAGUGCCGGCGGUGGUCUUCAGAUUGCCCGUUCUCUUCACCCUGGCAGAGCAGUUUCAGCAGAAGGCAGGGAAUGUUUCUGCUGAUGCGAUGAUGGUUGCUGAACUUGUCGGGUGA